CAGACUCUAAGAAAUGAAGAUGCCUUAGCAACCGAGUCGGGGUCAGAGAACAGGCCUCUGUCUAGCACCGUCCGCAAGCUGUGGAUCGGCCCAGUUACACUCAACGGAUCGAAAGGGGAUUUCCUGACCUUCAAGCCCCGCUCAACACCCUGGAGUGGGGACCUCAUACGUUGGCCCCUCACGAUGACGCACCAAAUCCUCAUGCAAUGCACGUCUUUGCAGAGCCUGGCCCUCAUAACCCUGAACCAGAACGAUUGGAGCUUUAUCGAAAGCGCUAUCCCCGCCAGUCUGAAAUCGCUCUGGAUGGGGCCCGCCCACGGUGCUAUAGUCCUCAAGAACUUCCGCCGCAACCCUCGCAUCAGCCACUUCACCAGCAUCGACACCUUCAUGCGCGACGAUGAAGUGGUGGACAUAGUUGUGUCUCCCCAUACGCGCGUCUUCCGCAGGAUUUUUACUUCGGGGGCGGGGCAGUUCGCACGCGACCAGCUGGCUUGCCUGACGCGGGCAACGGGAUUGCGAGAAAUGCGCUUG